ACUGAAUCUCAAUUCAAUUUACCCCAAAGGCAAAACCCUAAUUUAAACCCUAAUUUGCAAGUUGAUUUUUGAAUACCAUCGAGUCCAAUCGGAAGGCACAGCUAGUCUGGUAUGGACACGCAUUCUUCCCACCUAACAGCGCCGGUCCGUUCAAGGAGCUCACAGUCUCCAUCGCCUUCACACUCCGCGUCGGCCUCCGCGACGUCAUCUAUCCACAAGCGCAAGCUGGCGUCUGACGACCACGCGCCUCCGUUCCCUUCCUCUUUCUCCGACACGCGUGACGGUGCGCUGACCUCCAAUGAUGACUUGGAGAGCAUCAGCGCUCGGGGCGCUGACUCCGACUCCGAAGACGAAUCCGAGGAAGUCGCCGACGACGAUGAGGAGUAUGAUGACUCUUCAAUGCGCACUUUCACGGCCUCACGGUUGGAGAACAGCGUGGCGCCGUUAGCUAGGAAUACUAAGCUCAAGACGGAGAAUUCUGUAAAAGUUGAGCCUGUUCAGGUGGCAAAAGACGCCGGAAGUGGUGGUUCCGGUAAUUCCGGGGCUCCACCUCCUGCUGCUUCUGUUUCAGGUGCCGUGGUGAAGGAUGAAACUAUGAAGAAUAUUUUUACUGAAAACUUACAGACAAGUGGGGCCUACAUUGCAAGGGAAGAGAGCUUAAAGAGAGAGGAGGAAGCAGGAAGACUCAAGUUUGUAUGUGUUUCAAAUGAUGGUAUCGAUGAGCACAUGGUUUGGUUGAUAGGAUUGAAGAACAUAUUUGCCAGGCAAUUACCUAACAUGCCUAAGGAAUACAUAGUUCGUCUUGUAAUGGACAGAAAUCAUAAAUCUGUGAUGGUCAUUAGACGUAAUCUGGUGGUUGGUGGAAUAACAUACCGUCCUUAUGUAAGCCAGAAGUUUGGGGAGAUAGCGUUCUGUGCUAUUACUGCAGAUGAGCAAGUUAAGGGCUAUGGCACCAGACUCAUGAACCACUUAAAACAGUUUGCACGUGAUGAUGAUGGCCUAACGCACUUUCUCACAUAUGCUGACAAUAAUGCUGUUGGUUACUUUGUCAAACAGGGGUUUACAAAGGAGAUAUAUUUGGAGAAAGAACGUUGGCAAGGGUACAUUAAAGAUUACGAUGGAGGAAUCCUUAUGGAAUGCAAAAUAGAUCCAAAGCUCCCUUAUACUGAUUUAUCUACCAUGAUACGCCGUCAGAGGCAGGCAAUUGAUGAAAAGAUACGAGAACUUUCAAAUUGUCACAUUGUCUACCAAGGAAUUGAUUUUCACAAGAAGGAAGCAGGUAUUCCCAAAAAAGCCUUCAAGGUCGAGGAUAUUGCUGGUUUAAGAGAAGCUGGGUGGACCAUUGAUCAAUAUGGUUAUUCUCGGUUUAAAACAAUGAACUCGUUGUCAGAUCAGAAGUCAUUGACAGCAUUCAUGCGCUCACUUGUAAAGGCUAUGCAUGACCAUCCUGAUGCUUGGCCAUUCAAGGAACCAGUUGAUGCACGGGAUGUCCCUGAUUAUUAUGAGAUCAUCAAGGAUCCAAUGGAUUUGAAAACAAUGUCAAAGCGGGUUGACUCAGAGCUGUACUAUGUCACGUUUGACAUGUUCGUUGCGGAUGUGAGGAGGAUGUUUAACAAUGCUCGCACCUACAAUUCUCCUGAAACCAUUUACUAUAAAUGUGCAACCAGGCUGGAAGCACAUUUCUCAAACAAAGUUCAAGCUGGUCUACAGUCUAGUGUUAAUAAAAUUCAAUAGCUACCAAGGUCUUCACGAGUGGACAGACUUUAUUGCCCCGCUUUCUAAAUUAUUAAACUUAGUGUUUCCAUAAUUAUGAUCAAAGUUACUGGCAGAAGCACUAGAAUUGUGUAUGGGGUAAUGUUGGGAUUUUAAUGCACACAAGUCACCAUGAAAAGUAUACACUCUGUAUAGUCUGUACUCUAAGAGAGUGUUUAGUUCACGGGAUGUAAUGUAAGAUUACUUGGUAAUAGGGUUACUUUUCAAGAGGUAAUGUAAUGUAACAUUAUUUGGUAAUAGGAUUACUUUUCAAGAGGCGAUGUGAUCUUACGAGAAUGUAAGGUUACUCUUUGUAUGUUUCGUUGAAAUUGUAGGAAUGUAAAAUUAACAAGUUUAGUUGGAGUUAAAUUUUAGGUUAUGUUAAAUACCUUCAA